CAUGUUUUGUUUGUCACGCCUAUGGAAUGUUGACUUUCGAGGCAUAGAGGCAUCAUUUUGUUGAUGCUAAGCACCUCAUACCGCAAUUUCGGCGUAAAAGGGCAGCAACAGUUGUUUGAUUGUGCUGCCGUUUAGCAGCAUUCACCGCAUCUCUCGGUAUACAGACAAACGGUUACAUUAUGCACGUAGCAGUUAUUCUAAUCUGCUUGGCUUUGUCGUGCCGUGCCUCUGAAGAAUGUGGCAAAAGGCCUCCUUUACCUCGCGUACUUGGUGGAGAGGAAGCUUUUCCUCACUCCUGGCCUUGGCAAGCCAUGAUCGAAGUGAAAAAUCGUAAAGAUGCGAAAUGGCAGCACAAAUGUGGAGGUUCCCUAAUCCACUCGGAGUGGAUCGUAACAGCAGCUCACUGUUUGGCGUUCUCACCAGAUCCAAGGAUAUAUAGAAUAGUUCUAGGUUUGUAUAUCAAAAAUACGCGUCAGCACAACAGGCAGCACAUGUCCGUGCAGACGAGCAGCCUCCUUCCCGGCUCAAAAAUUCAGUUUUCUGGCUUCCACGGUGAUAAGUGGUACAACUCGUUAUGGUACACGUACUGCCGGGUGUACAGAAAAUCGAAUGACAUGAUUCUCAACUUCUGUGAUGGUGCUAAAGGCGUCUCCGGAUCGGGAGUUUACGUAGAUACUCCUAGUGGUGAUGAAAACGCCGUCGUUGGUGUAGUAUCGGCAAUAGCCCGAGGAAAGGUCAAAGGCAAAGUGUUGGAGUUCAAUGUUAUAAAUUCCCUUACCAGCUGGGGAUUUUCAAAAAGCGGAAAUAAUACAAAAGCCCAAAAGCUGCAGCAAGCCCAGAUGCCUACGGUUAACUACUCAACUUGCUCCGAGGGAAAUUCAUUCUUUCAACCCAUUGACGAUCAAUCAAUGCUUUGCGCUGGUUUUGGCGGGAGCAGCCCCAUCAGCGGUUGCAACGGUGACAGUGGCGGGCCUUUUGUAUGUCCAGAGGAUGGGAGAUUUGUUCUGAGAGGUGCAGUGAGCUGGGGAAUUCCUGGAUGUCCUGCCGGAAAAACUUACUCGGUUUUCACUCGCAUAAGUUCUUUCGUGGACUGGAUUAAAGAUCACAUGAAGAACAGUGACAAUUAUUAGGCUAUUUCUCUUGUUUGUCCCAUGGAAAGUAUAAUUAAUUAAGAAGUUCGAUUCUGGCAUCAUUAUAUGCUGUAUGUUUUCAGACGUACCAUAGAUGCAUUUUAUUUUGGCUCUGUGAAAAGUGUAAACUAGGUAGGUGAUGUUGCCAUGGCAACAUUGACCUUGAUUUUCAGAUUUCAGGUUUAAACGAUUAUGCGCUUUCUGAAAGAGAUAAUUUCUCGAGUACAAUCAGAAUCGUAUAUGUACUCGACGUAAUUCUGCUUUAUGAGAUAAUGAAAACUCUUAGCCGGAUGUGACGGAUUCGAUGACGUCAUACCUUAUGCAUUAGUGGUGUUAUUAAUGUGUACACGUGAUAUAUCAACCUUGAAAACUGUGAACUGGUCUUCGUUGUAGGCGUUAUCCCCGCUCUCCCCUCUCCCCUGUUUUACGCCUGCUAAGCAAACAGCAAACCAAUCCCCUGCACUUUUUUGUUUGAAGAUCCCACAGUGCAAAUGUAUGUGUGUAUUUUGAAAUACCAAUAAAACAAAUAAAGAAACAUCUCUAUUGUUAA